UACACUUUGCAAUUUCAUUAUAAAAUCACAGAAAAGCGCAAAACUAGCACUCUGCUUCUCCACGCUUCUCCCACUCGCUUCAGUUUCCUCACGUCAUUUGCUUUGCUUUCUUCUCUGUAAGUUCCUGCUCCCAGUCAAUCUGCUCCCCUUCGUCCCAUUGUUCUAUCUCAUCUUCCUCCUGCGUUUUUUGCUUUUCUCCCAUUCAUCUUCGAUGCUAGUUCCUUACUCCUCGUUCGGUUGAUGAUUGGAAUAGCUUGAUUCAGUUGUUUCUUCACGCCGAUGGAAUGGUGUACUGAGUUUGAUGGAUGAUCGAUUUUUGACUUUCUGUUUAUACUACGAAAUGAGUUUAUGGCGGUUUGAUAGUUGCAGGCUUUCUGUGGAUUGACUCGGCGAUUUCCAUGUGAGAUUGCUGCUGAUGAGUAGGGAUCGAAUUAGAGCGAAAGCUUGUUGCAAUCCAUUAGAUUUAGCUCCUUAUCGAUAUUCAGUGGUGUAGAGUUUGUUAUGAUUUUCUUUUGUUAACCUGGACUGUCCCUGUCAGCUUUUGGCUUUUCUUCGGUUCCAUCGAUCCACCAUCACCUAAUUGAUCUGUUUGUUCCACUUUUGUUGAUCGAAUUUACUCGGAUUGCUUAAACGAUCACAACCCAAUGGCUACCCUUCCUUUUUGCCCUUUUUUCUUACUUUUCGAGUGCUUUAAUGCUUUUUUGAAUGAUUGUGUUUCGAUCAACCUUUAAUAGACUGAAUCAUGUCGGGUGCUUCGAUGUUGACAAGUUUUUCAAUUUGAUCUUGUCUUCUGUUGACUGAUUUGAGGUAUCAUUGACCUGUGUUGAAUCUGUAGUGAACGAUCAGGAUGGCUGGAAACGGUGGAGAAACUGGUAGGUCCUCGCAAUACCCCCGUCCAGCACUCAAUGAAAGGAUCCUUUCUUCGAUGACACGUAGAUCUGUAGCUGCUCACCCCUGGCAUGAUUUGGAGAUUGGACCCGGUGCUCCAUCCGUCUUCAAUGUUGUUAUUGAAAUUAGCAAAGGCAGCAAGGUUAAGUAUGAACUUGACAAGAAAACUGGCCUUAUAAAAGUUGACCGUAUUCUCUACUCAUCAGUGGUGUACCCGCAUAACUAUGGGUUUAUUCCUAGAACCCUCUGUGAGGAUAGCGACCCCAUGGACGUCCUGGUACUCAUGCAGGAGCCUGUUCUAACUGGUUCUUUCCUCCGUGCUCGUGCCAUAGGAUUAAUGCCUAUGAUUGACCAGGGAGAGAAGGAUGACAAAAUCAUAGCAGUGUGCGCAGAUGAUCCUGAGUUUCGCCAUUACACAGAUAUCAAGGAGCUUCCUCCUCAUCGCUUGGCUGAAAUUCGCCGCUUCUUUGAGGACUACAAGAAGAACGAGAACAAGAAAGUUGAUGUAGAAGACUUCUUGCCAGCUCAAGCUGCAGUUGAUGCCAUCAAGUAUUCCAUGGAUCUGUAUGCAUCCUACAUCGUCGAAAAUCUGAGGCAGUGAGUGACUUUGGCGAUGGACAAGCUGCAGACGUCCCAAGUGAAGAAGUGUAGCAGCAAACCAGCUCUGACUUAAAUGCUUGAAUUCUCUUUCUAAAACCUGUGAUACUCUGAAUCACAACUCUGAUAGGAGUUGAAUAACCAGUAUUUUUCAUUUUUCAGUAUUGUUCCUACUCAAUCCUUUAUACAAAACGGUUGGUGCAUUUCUUGGGAGUGGCUUUGGCUUGAUGGAUUUAGGGGGGGAGGGGUCGUUUUUGAUGUUAUGGACGGUUCAACGCCGCAUUGGAUCAAAUAGCUUGAUUGACGAUUCAAGCUCAUCCAUCUACAGGUUUCUAAUGCUGUAAGCAUUCGGCAGAUUUUCUGCUGUGAUUUCAUCAUCCAGCCUAGGGAUGACAAUGGGUCGGGUUGGGUUGAGUUUUCCCAAACCCAUGGGUUUAUUCGUGAAAAACUCCGGGGUGAAAUCCAUUGGGUUUGAAAAACUCAAACUCAAUCCAACCUGCUGGGUAUCCGCAGGUUCAUGGGUACCCACGGUUUUUUGUCGUAAAAAAUUUACAAUAGCAAGUUUCUAUAAAAAUUAUAGUCAAAU